AUGUCUUCAAACAGAAUCGCAGAUACUUUUGGAGUUAUAAAUGCGUGUACAAAAGUAGCAUCAAAUUUUCUAAAACUUCAAGUAACUAACACCAAUAUCAUUUUAAAAUCAUCAAAUUGGAGAUGGUCAGUUAAAUAUCAGCCAACAUACAAAGAACCUGUACAUCAAAAUAGACCAGAUAAUGAGGAUAAGCUAAAGUAUGAAAAUGUUGUAGUAUCAAGUCAUACGUCAAUACUUGAAAAUUCCUCUGUCAAAACGUCACCAGAAACCAUUCACGAAACAAAGAUGCCUAAAGUACUCAAAGAAUCUAAAAUGCCAACUACUAAAAUUUCUAGAUUGUUCCAUUAUGGCGGUUUGGCCAUUGGAUUAGGAGCUGGUGCUCUCAGUGAAUCUAUUAGAAGGGCUACUGGUGUUUCUGAUGCAAAAACUAGUUCUGCGUUUAUAAACGAAGCCAAUAUAGAUCGUUUGGUUAACAAGUUAUCAAGGAUGAGAGGUGCUGCACUGAAAUUGGGGCAAAUGUUGAGUAUUCAAGGUAACGAUAUGUUACCAGAUCCAUUAGAGAAACUUAUAUUAAAAGUUCAAGAUAGCGCUAAUUAUAUGCCAAAUUGGCAGAUGGAAAAAAUAAUGUUGGCAGAACUUGGUCAAAAUUGGCGUGAAAAUUUUUCUUAUUUUGAUUCAACUCCAAUAGCUGCAGCUUCUAUAGGACAAGUACACAGUGCUGAGCUUGCAUCAAAUAAAAUGAAGUUAGCUAUUAAAGUUCAAUAUCCUGGUAUUGUUGCUUCAAUUGAUUCUGAUCUCGACAAUUUAAGGACUUUAAUAAAAGUUAGUAAUCUAUUACCAAAGGGUCUCUAUCUUGAUAAUACUAUUAAAGUUGCAAGAAAGGAGCUACUAUGGGAAACUGAUUAUAUCAGGGAAGCAGAGUGUGUGGAAAAGUUUCAGACAUUAUUAAAAAAUGAUAAAAAUUUUGUUGUUCCACAAGUAGUUAAAGAGUUAUCAACAAAAAUGGUUUUGGUUUGUGAAAGAAUGAUGGGAGAGCCCUUAACACAUGCUGUAGCAUAUGAUCAGGAACUAAGAGAUCAGAUUGAGUUAAUAGAUUUUGGAGCAAGUAGAAAUUUCGAUAACACGUUUAUAGAUCAUUACUUAAAAAUCUUAAAAUCAGCUGCUAAUGGUGAUAGGGAAGGUUGCGCAUAUUAUUCAGAACAAAUAGGUUUUUUGACCGGAUAUGAAAGUGAGAAUGCGCAUGUUGAUUCUAUUUUGACACUAGGAGAACCAUUUACAACACCAAUAUAUGAUUUUUCAAAACAAACAAUUACAAACAGAGUAAGGAAUUUGAUUCCUACAAUGCUGAAGUAUAGGCUUACACCACCACCUGAUGAGACAUAUAGUUUACAUAGAAAAUUAUCAGGUGCAUUCUUACUUUGUGCCAAACUGGGUUCUAGAGUUAGAUGCAGAAAACUUCUCGAAGAAGUUGUUGGUGAAAUAUAA